GGACGUCCAGAUGUUUACAAAACGAGGCGAAUCGCAAACAUUUCUGUUCGGACCGAGCCCGGAACAAAAGAUGUCAAAGUCCACCCAUGCCCCCCCCCUGAAAACACUGAGUUCACAUCAUCCUUCCUGUCCUCUCUCUGGCUUUUAUCACAUGAUGCUGGCUUUAAUCACAGGAGCAAAGAGCACACUGGCUGUUUAAUUGCUCAGAAGAAGACCCCGGACGUUGACGAAGCUUGCUUUUCUGAUUGACCAACUUCCCUUCCAUGGCAUCUGUCACUCAGGAUCAGAUCCGUAAGUUCCACACAGACGGCUUCCUCGUUGUGGACCGAUUCUUCAGCCUCCAAGAGUGCGACGCGAUGAGGGCCCGGAUCCAGAAGAUCGUGGACGCCAUGGACGUUCCCCCUCACUGCCGGACAGAGUUUUCCACCCAGGAAGAGGAACAGCUCCAAGCGCAGGGCAGUGCAGAAUAUUUCCUUACCAGCGGAGACAAGAUCAGAUUCUUUUUCGAAAAAGGUGUUUUUGAUGGAAAAGGAGAUUUUCUCGUGCCAAAAGAAAAGUCCGUUAACAAAAUCGGCCACGCCUUACAUGCCCGCGACCCUGUCUUCAAGGAAAUCACUCAUUCCCCCAAAGUGCAGUUGCUGGUGGAAAACAUGGGCCUCGAGAAUCCCGUCGUCGUACAGAGCAUGUAUAUCUUCAAGCAACCUGGUAUUGGAGGCGAAGUGACACCCCAUCAGGACGCUACCUUUCUCCAUACGGAACCCCUGGGCAGGGUUUUCGGUUUUUGGAUCGCCUUGGAAGACGCAACCCAAGAAAACGGAUGCCUCUGGUUCAUCCCGGGCUCUCACACGAGGAUCACACGGAGAAUGGUCCGGACAGCACCCGGCACGAUCCCCUGCACCGCGUUUGUGGGCACCGAGCCGGCGUACGAGGAUAGCCAGUUCAUUCCUGUGCCCGUUGGGAAAGGUGGUCUUGUACUGAUCCAUGGUGAGGUCGUCCAUAAAAGUGAGCCAAACCACUCCGAAAGCUCCCGCCAUGUCUACACCUUCCAUCUGAUGGAAGCCAAGGAGACCACAUGGAGCCCAGAGAACUGGCUUCAACCUACUCCCGAACUGCCGUUCCCAGCACUGUAUACUCACAAUUAACAAGAGGGAUCCUUGACGCUGGAAUGGUUGGCGCACGGGAGCACACACACCCCCCGGGUCUGUUUGCAGGCUACCGUGAUUUCAUCUUUGAACGAGAAGAUUAACCCUCAGGAUGGAGAGCGCGGGCAGAGGGUCCAGAAUCUGCGUGGAGCUGCAAUGGAGCUGCAAUCUCGGAGAUAAUCCUGCACAGUUAUUGUUACCUGCUGUCGGAUCACCCCCGGUCCCAGGAAUGAGUGACCUCUGAAACAUCCAGUCCUUAGCCGUCCUGCUCAGCUCUUGCAAAAUCAACGCGGUGGUCUCAUUUGCUGAGUCAAUCCAUCUCACAUGGGGGUCUUCCUCCUCUCCUGCUGCUCUCAACAAAUUCUGGAACACCUAGAACCCUGUAAUCCAUGGGACGGCAUGAAAGUUCUUGAGGGUUAGGCUUUUUUUCAGGCACGAUUACAUCACAAAUCUUCGCUUUACGAAGUGACAUAUAAUCAUCAGGGAAGAAAAUAUUCACCCAAAGCAGGAUCUUGUAUUU